AUGUUGUUAGACAGAGGAGCAGACUAUAAUAAAUGUGAUAAUGAGGACAGAGGAGCAGACUAUAAUAAAUGUGACAUUUUUGGUCAGUCAUCAGAAAGGAAGGUUUGUGAACAUGUUCAUACAGAAAUUGUAAAGACGUUGUUAGACAGAGGAGCGGACUAUAAUAAAUGUGAUGAUGAGGGUCAGUCACCUGUAAUGAAGGUUUAUGAACAUGGUCAUACAGAAAUAGUAAAGAUGUUGUUAGACAGAAGAGCAGACUAUAAUGAAUGUGAUAAUGAGGGUCAGUCACCGGUAAUGAAGGCUUGUGAACAUGGUCAUACAGAAAUAGUAAAGAUGUUGUUAGACAGAGGAGCAGACUAUAAUGAAUGUGACUACCUACAGCAGUCACCUGUAAUGAAGGCUUGUGAACAUGGUCAUACAGAAAUAGUAAAGAUGUUGUUAGACAGAGGAGCAGACUAUAAUGAGUGUGAUAAUGAGGGUCAGUCACCUGUAAUGAAGACUUGUGGACAUGGUCAUACAGAAAUAAUAAAGACGUUGUUAGACAGAGGUGCAGACUGUAAUAAAUGUGAUGAGGAGGGUCAGUCACCUGUACUGAUAUCCUGUGAACAUGGUCAUACAGAAAUAAUAAAAAUGUUGUUAGACAGAGGAGCAGACUAUAAUCAAUGUGAUAAUGAGGGUCAGUCACCGGUAAUGAAGGCUUGUGAACAUGGUCAUACAGAGAUAGUAAAGAUGUUGUUAGACAGAGGAGCAGACUAUAAUGAAUGUGAUAAUGAGGAUCAGUCACCUGUAAUGAAGGCUUGUGAACAUGGUCAUACAGAAAUAGUAAAAAUGUUGUUAGACAUGGGAGGAGAUUGUAAUACGUGGGACUGGGCGGGCCGUACACCUGUAAUGAAGGCUUGUGAACAUGGUCAUACAGAAAUAGUAAAGAUGUUAUUAGACAGAGAAGUAGACUGUAAUAAAUGUAAUAGGAGUGGUCAGUCGCCUAUAAUGGCGGCUUGUAAACAUGGCCAAAGAGAAAUAGUACAGAUGCUGCUAGACAGAGGAGUAGACUUAAAUAAAUGUGACGAUAAUGGCCAGUCACCUGUAUUGCUUGCUUCCAGAAAUGAUCACAAUUCAAUAGUCACCAUGAUAAAAUCAACAUUCCAAUAAUGUUGAAAUGUUGUACUCCAGACGCGCUUUUUUACAUUAGACCCUUUAAUGACGCUAGUAGCUGUGAAUUUGAAGGUCAAACAAUGAAUCAAUUGUAAAAAUGUAUUUUUUUUAAAUUUGAAGCAUUAUUUUACUUCUUUCUUAGCGAAACGAUACUAUUGCGUAUUAAAGAAGUAUUCUGACAUGAUAAAGUAGGAUGUUAUUGUUGUAAAAAUGCAUUUUGUCACUAUAAUUUGGAUGGUGUUUUUGAAAUAUGUUAUGGUGAGGAAAAAUGUCCGUAAACUUGUUGAAAUACUUGUUGCAUAAAGAUUGUCUGUUGUUGUUGAGAGUCGCGUUGUUAAAAGCUGUACGGUGGUUGAUUAGAACAGUACUGUUGUUGUUUAGAUGUGUGCUGCUUUGUAGAAAUAUGUUGUUGUAUAUGUGUAACAAAAUGUAAUAUUGUUUCGAAAAGAUACAUUUUCGUUAUUGAAAGAUGUUCAGAUGUCGUUGAAAGAAGCAGUGAUGUUGUUAAAAAAUGUGAUGCUGUUAUUUAAAAGAAUUGCUAUAAUUUUUGCAAAAAAUAUGCUGUUUUUAUUGUACCAUUAUUGUUUUAAAAAUAUGCCCCUUUUUUGAAAAUAUAUGAAUUUGGUGCAAGAUAUGCUAUUGUUUCUAACAGACGUGUUGUUGUUAAAUCGUGUGUUGUUGUUGUUCACAGAUAUGAUGUUGUUGUUUGAAGAUGUGUUGUUUUUAUUAAAGAUGUACCAUUGUAAAUACAUCCUUUUUUGUUACACAAUUUCUAAAUUGUAAACUCAUGAACAGUGUUGUGAAGGGUAUUAGAAUUUGCAAAAUGUUCAAUGCAAUAUGAUUAUAACAUAACAUGGUUUGUUUUAAAAAAAAAUGUUGUCUGUGCAGAGCUUUUUCGUGUCAAAUUUGCAGUUGGUUCUGAAAAAAAGCUAAAUUAUAUAUAAUCCUAUUGUAUAUAAUAUUAUCAUCAAUAUCUUUACAAAUAUACAAACCAUUAUUUAGUUAUAACUGAAAUAGAUUGUUUGCAUUUCUGUAUUAUUUAUACCAAUAGAUGUUCUACAACCUGUUUGCAAUUGAUAAAAUUAUCUCUUCUUUAAUAA